AGUUCCUAACGACAAGGAACAACAAACAACGAAAGGAAAAGGGCGGAGAAACGGUCGGAGGAAUCGGCCUUUGACUUUGUUGGUAUAUUUGAGGGAUCGGGCCUCCUCCGUUUCUCUUUCUCUGACUUGCCACUGCCAAAAAAACAAGGAGUUUGUUCCGACAAUGGAGAGCCAGAGCCAGAGCCAGAGCUCGUGCCUGUCGUACGAGAAGAUCAACGGCGUCGCCAGCUGGCUUGGGACCCACGUUGCCUCCGCCUUCUUCAACUCCCUCGAGCGUUGCUCCUGCAUCAACCUCUCCACCUCCGAUGACCAGGAAACCAACCCCGAGGAGGCCCACGACCGCCCCCUCAUGCUCUUCGCCUCCCGCUCCGUCAACCUCAGCGACCACCGCCCUCACUACAUUUUUUCCUCUUCCUCCGCCUCCUCCUCCUCCUCCUCCACCCCCCCACCAAAAGACGUCGUCAACCUCCCCGUCUGAAUGGGUGGAUCGGAUCAUCUGGGGUCCUUUUUGUUUCUUCUCUCUCUCUAGGAUUUUAUUUUCUUCUUGAAGUUUUGUGUCUUUUUUUUGGAUUAAUCGGGGUUGGUUUGUAUGAUUAAAUUCAAAAUGUUUUUCUUGCUGGUGAAUUUGUUUGCCUGGAUGUGAUGUGUUGUUGUAAACAUGUAACAGUUAACGUGGACUGGUAAAAAAGGAGGUCUCCUCUCGUUUCUGUGUGA